GGCUGCAAGCAGAGUAACAGCAGCCUUCGCUGCAAAAUGCAUCGCAAAUGCUCGUCAGUCGCCCGAGCGCGUUUGUAGCAUUCGCGACGCGACGGAAACGCACUAAGCAUAAUGUUGUGGAUUAUGGCUGUGAUGUAGCUUAUAUACAUUUCGCGGCAUCCUAUACGUGUAUACAGACGCGUCCAUACAUCUAUAUAGGUAUAUACACGCACGUGUGUAUAUUCCUGCUACUGCUGAGCUGUGUGACAACAACAGGGCCUAGAGAGGGGAAAAAUGGAUGCUUUGACGUCUGGCUCGCACAGGCUGGUGCACAUCGAUUUGAAGGGCGCCCCGCUUCGAGUGAGCUAUUACGAAAAGCUAUUCCCGCUGCUGCGAGCUUGGGGCGCAACUGGCCUCUUGCUGGAAUGGGAGGACACGUUUCCGUACACGCGAGAGCUUGCGGCGAUCGGCAGCAACGGACCGGAUGCCUACUCGAGCGGCUACUCGGCACAGGAGGCUCGGCAAAUUUUACAAUUGGCAGGUGAUUCUGGAUUGGCCGUCAUACCUUUAGUGCAGACGUUUGGACAUAUGGAAUUUGUUUUGAAACAUGAAGAAUGGAGAUCACUGAGAGAAGUCCCAACAUUCCCCAGUUCCAUGUGCCCCUCGAAUCCAGGAGCUUUGCCCUUGGUAAAAAUGCUCAUAAAGCAAAUUGUCACCUUUCAUCCGGAUAUUCAGUACUUGCAUAUUGGAGCAGAUGAAGUUUGGCAUAUGGGUAUGUGUGCAGCAUGCAGCAAGAGAAUUAGUACCGGAAAGCACGGGAAAGCAGGCUUGUUUUUAGAGCACGUAAUGGCUGUACUACAUUUUAUCAAAGAAACUUAUCCACACCUUAAAAUUAUCAUGUGGGACGAUAUGCUCAGGUCUGUGGAUGCAAGCGUAAUGAAUGAGUACUACAUAGGAAAGUAUGUUGAACCAAUGAUAUGGCACUAUAACAGCAGAGAAACUUUUGGCUUGCCACCAGACUUAUGGGAUCGAUUUGGUUCAGUAUUUCUAAAUGUAUGGGGAGCAACAGCUUUUAAAGGGGCUACUGGCUCUUGUCAACACAUUCCUACAAUCACACAUCACCUGAGUAAUCAUGAGCGAUGGCUUGAAGAACUCAGUAUGAAUGUCAACAAAAUCAUCGAAUUCAAAGGAAUAGCUUUUACAGGCUGGUCAAGAUAUGACCAUUAUGCAACUCUCUGUGAACUCUUCCCCACCAGUAUUCCCUCUCUAGCCUUAUGUUUGAAAACCUGGUUACAUGGCUAUAACGAGCAAACACACGUUCAAGUAGCAAAAGAUUUGGGUUACAUAGAAUUCCCACUGUUAAUCACUCCACAACCAAGACCCAUUCCUAUACCAAGCAAUCUGCAAUAUCCUGGUUGGCAAGUAGCAGUGGGUAUUGAAUGGUACUUGAAUUAUAAAACGAAAUUUCACGGCCUUGUAAAUAGUGAACAAAUAUUAACAUGGAUGAAUCCUUGGCAAGUAGCAAAUAAUUACACUAACCCCAUGCAAAUAACAAGCCUAGUCACAGCUCUCACGGAUAUGUUACUAGAACUGUCAGCUCUAGAAAACUACAUGAAAGUACAAAUGGACCUGAUAUACUACAAUUCAACCUUGGAAGAGUGGAUCGGCACAAACGUCUAUCCAUUAAAGAAUAAACUUACCAAGCUCAAGCAAACCGCUGAAAAUCAAAUUAAACUCAGCACCCGAGUGUAAAAAAAAAAAAUAUAACCAUAGGC